AUGACAUUGAAUGCCGAAAUAACACAUCAAAACAAGAUAAAGAGAGAAAAUCAGGAGAGAAAGGUUAAUGAACAAUAUCGACAAUUAAAAAGUUUUUUAAAUGGAAACUGCAAUUACUGGGCAGCAAAGGCCAAGCUGCUCACGGCUCAAGCAGACAAGACUAUUCCUGCUAAGUUGAUAAAGGUAAGUUGGCAUACUUUAUAUACUGUUUUGUUUUUAGAGUUUAGAGUUGGAAAUGGCUCUAAAACACAAAUCAGUGAAAGAUGUUGUGGGUCUGACGGAGUACUUGUACAAAAUGCACGGAGACGAGGUUGACUUUAGAAAGUUAUGCACAGAAAAGAUAAAUAGUGCAAUGCAGAAUAACAAGGGGACAAAGUUCUUGGAAGAACUCCAGAAUUCUUUGAAUCCAAACGUGUUUUUGGAUCCAUUACUUCAAACACAUGAAUCUUCUUUUUCUAGAAUCAAAAAGCUGGUUUUGUUGGCUAUGAAUCCGUCUGUCGGUUUCAAAAAAGUUGGAGUACGUUAUUUCGUAGCUUUUGUGUUUUUAUGUGUAUUUUUAGGUGUUAUUCUGUUAUCUUUUUGAUUUUUCUAACUUUAGCGUGCUUUGUAUGAUCAAUACAUAUCUGAAAGAGCUAAACUUGGGAACAACUUUGUGUUGGGCACAUCUCCAUUAGACUUAAUUUGGUGUAAGUUAUCACUGACGUUUUUGUUACAUUUACUUUUAUUUUUAGUUCAUUUACAUAAACAUCUGAUGGAUCAGAACCUUGGAGAUUAUACUAAAGACGAAGCUUUGUUUGUUCAACAACUGCUACUCAAAUGUUGUGUUGCCGAUGCGGCUGGUCUUCUGAAGGAGUCGUUCUUUGAUGUUAUUAAUGAAUUUGGUUUCGCUAUUCCCAGACUUAAGGAUUCAUGGACUAUUCCUUUGAAACUAUGUUGUUGUAUCUUUAGCCAAGAACAACCUUCACAGAUGGCAAAGCUAAUGUCAACUGAUUUGGAGUCAUCUAGUUAUGUUCAAAUAAGCGAAGCCUUGAUUAAUAAUGUUGAUGUACACUUGGAUUUGGAGCUUUCUAAGUUUUUAAUUCAGUUUGCAACUUUUGUACAUUCUGCAUGCGAAGGUAGGUCUAUUUGUAGUUUUUAUUAUGUUUUAUUCGAUUUUAAAUUAAUUUUUUUAAAAUUUAUUAUUUAGAGGAUGGCAUUUUUGUAUGUAUUCCUGGUAAUGUCACCGAUAUGUCACUACGAGCGAUUGAAACGUACUGGAAGAAUGUGGUAAUGCAGUCUAAACCUGGACCUAUCAAAACAAAAAAGACAUUGGGAGCUGUGUCUAGGUUAUACGAAGAUGCAUUAACUGUAGCAAGGAAUGUUUUUAAAGCUUUCCAAAAGUACAACAACUUACAGACUGUUCAGGUAAGGCUUUUUGCAAUUAUUGGGCCUAAGAGAAAACUAAGACUAGGGUUUGGUUGAAACAAUCGUAAUAAUUAUAACCAGUGCCGGGCGGGGACUUUUGGUCUGGGGGCGGGGGUCGAAAAAAUCGGCACAGGUAGCACGGAUACCUGGCUUAAUAAACAACUGGGAGUAAUUACUAUCUUACUAAAAAGUUGUGUGUAAAUUUAUAAUGGUUUCAAAAGGCUUAAUUUUACAGAUUGAGCCAAACUUACGGAACAUUUUGCUGUUAGAUGACGUAAAAAACGGGUUUCAUGUCGUGGCUCAGGCUUUGAUGGUUGGUGGGGAGAUGGAGCUGGCUGACAAGUUUAUCAAGCUCAGUAUUCAGACGACCAAGAAUUCAGAAGAGCAAAAGUUGCUGGAUGUUCAGUUGCUACAGGUAAAUAACUAUAGUACUACAUCUUUUCUUUUUAAAAUUUCGGUCGAAUCUUUGAUUAAAAGGUUUACAGUAUGCUUAUAGGUAAAUGUGUCAUUAAGAAGGUACACAAGUGCUUUGAAGAUCUUUGUGGAUCUGUUCGAAAACGAGUCAGAAGUCUCAAAAGUUCUGGAUGGCGUUUCUUCGGUGUUUCCUGAUAUUGUUUUUGACGUAAGUUAUAGUUGUUAUUACUCUUUUAUCCUUUAACACAACUUAUUGGACUUUCUGGUAUAUUUACAGGAAAACACAUUGAUAUUGCUGCCAAAGGAUCAGUUGUACGUUUACAUAGUAAUCAUAUUUAUGCACACGAUAUUCCUGAUUCUGAUACGAAGUAUAACAUUGGAUCGCAUCAAGCACGUAGCGGCUUCUCUGAUCUUACUGUCGAUGCAGAUUUGCUACGAAGCUUUUGAUGAUCACGUAAGUUGUAUAUAAUACUAAUCAGACUUGCUUACAGGCAUGUAAGAAUAAAAGUGUGUCCUAAAAAUACAUAAAAGUUACUGUAAUUACAGUAACAGUUUAAACUUUCAGAAGAUUUGUGGUUUUUUGCAACUUUGUGAGCGCUGCAACCUGUACCUAAUCAACAUUGCAUCGUUGAUUCUGAAAGAACAUUUGGCCGUUCACAUUGUCAACUCCAAGGCCAAAUGUCUCCAAGGUGGGAGUGACAUGUACGAAACGAGUGAGCAGAAGCGGGCCAUGAUGAGUAUGGCCAAAAGGCCAGAUAGCGCGACGAUGAACAGGCUAACGCCUUACAGGAACGUGAUUGUCUUCCUGAAGGAGUUCAAAGCCGUCUUCACGGAUCUCUGA